UUGAGCUACCGUGUGUCUAGUAUGGGUGAUAUUUUUUCCUGUGUUAUGAAUAUGUCAUACAAUGGUUCGUAAAAAAGCAGGAAAUGAAAGUAGUGCAUGUUCAUGAUCUGACUGUAUCUAGCUCUAUGUGGGGAUGAUGACUGUCUCUGGUUAAGCCAAUGAGACUUUGAUUGAGGCAACAGGUAGUUAAUGUGUAACAAAGAAGAGGUGCAACCUUCAGCAGACAUUUGCUCAGGUCUUACUGUAUGACUCAUACAGUCAGAAGAGGCACAAAUCUCUCGCCGUUUGUUUAUCAUACGAACAGGACUGGAUAACAAGAGUUCGCGGAGGAUUUAGUUUUUUGUGUAUGAAGCUGACUUGUUUUGUUAGUUGUGACUGACAAACAGAGCUGCUAUGGCUGACACAAACUCUCAGUCACCGGCCUCUGGCUCCUCUGCCAAGCUUGACCAAGUACAAGGUCAGGUCAAUGAGGUUAAAGUGAUUCUGAAAGACAACAUCAACAAAGUGCUGGAGAGGGGGGACAGAUUAGAUGAUCUGAUCGGGAAAACUGAUGACCUACAGGCAUCUGCUGACUCAUUCCAAAAAACAUCCACACGGGUCGCCAGGAAAUACUGGUGGAAAAACAUUAAAAUGAUGAUUAUAAUCGGUGUAAUUGUGCUGAUCAUCGUCAUCCUCAUCAUCCUCUUUGCUACGAAUGUUAUAUAAAUUUUAUCUUAAACAGCUCAGGAAUGCAAUGAAGAUGGUGGUUAAAGCUCACUUCCAGACAACUUUUAUUGAGCAUUUUAGCAUUGAAUUGCUCAAGAGAGUGAUCAUUUCAGCUCCAACGCUUUAUAUUUUAAAUCAAAAUGUGUAUGUAAAUUCAGGGGUAAAAUGUUUUUUUUAAUAUCUGUAAGCUUAUUAAUUAGUUUUCUCUGCUACAUCCUAUGAUGUGAAGAGAAAAUUCAGAGAUUAGGUUGUUAUAAAGUUGGCUGAAAUACUUCCUUUAACACUCCAAGUUAUUAACACGUGACAUAAUACCACUCUAUUAAUAUUUCACACAGGAUCACAAAUCCUAAUAAGUGUUUAUUAUUUUUAUUUGUUGUAUUUCAUUAUGUCCAAUACACUGUGUAUAUAUACUGUAUGUUCAUGACUGUCGAGCUCUGUAAUAACAUAUGUAUUAUAUGACUAUGAUAAAGUGGAUAAAUUGGAACAA